UUUGAAUGGUUAUAUGGGGGGAAAAGAGUGUGUGUUUUGGGGGUAGGGGAGAGCUUGAGGUGUGUAACAGCCUGUAUUCUCUUCUAGACUGAUAAGAACUGUUUUCAGACAAUUAAGAGGUCUUGCUAUUACCAGGCUGACUUCAUUAAUGCCUCAUAACUAUGUUAUGGGAAAACUUAAUUGCAGUAUUGUCUUUUCAGAGUGCCUUGCUCUCUGUGCUGAUGCAAAUCCAUCCCAGCUCAAUGCUGCAGCCCGAGGAGUAACCGCKGGAGCCUUAUCAGCUUCGGUGCCAGGCAGUGACUGUUCUCUUGCAAUCGCAUUGAUUUCUAGCUCCUGGGUGUGGAAUAGCCCCUGCAUCGCCCUGCUUGGARCACGCUGAUAAGGCUCGCUGUUUCUUAGCAACUACAGGCUGCCAUUGCCAGAAACCUGCCCCUCUGCAGCUGGAGGGAAAAUUCUGAAUGUCUCACGUUUGUACCUUUAAGCGAGACCUCUGUCAUCCCUGGGCAUGGAGGUGCCAUAUGUCCUUCUCUUAACUAAAUUUGUGGCAGAAGUUGCCAGCAAAUCUACUGAGAGUUUGGUUUCGGAGACAGAAUGUUGUGUGGAUGUGUGGGAUACAAACAGUUCCUGCCCUGUAACCAACCAGUGCAGUCCAGGUUGUUACAGGCGRUGGAAUGAGGAUGGUAGUAGUAGCUGCAUUAAAUGCAAAAAUGAAACUCUUCCUGUUGCACCUGUUUACAAUCUGACUGAUUGCAGAAAUACUGGUAUCAGAGGAAUGAAUUUUCAAAUGAAUAUAAGCACCGUAACUCCCUUCAUACAGAAUAUAGGGGGCCCAGAAGUGGCAGCCUCCCUCAUUGUGGGAACAUUUUUCAUCAGUUUAUUCCUGAUUCUGUCUGUUGCUUCUUUCUUCUACCUCAAACGUGCCAAUAAACUUCCUAAUGUUUUCUACAGAAGAAACAAAGCAUCUGUUCUCCAGCCUAGUGAAACAGCAUCCAUGAUACCUCCCCCUGCCUCUUCAGUUCGGAAGCCACGAUACAUCCGAAGGGAAAGGUCACUAGUGACAUCUGCAACCUCUGCUAUCAUCUCUUCUGGAGAAACGAGGGUCAGCAAUGUUUAGCCUUCAUUCUUAACUGAGGACUGUGUUGAAGAAAUGUUCUAAAUCCACUGAAGUGCCAGGAAAACAUCACAAGCAGCUGACCUAAAUGCAYGCCAAAUGACAGCAUUGAGGGGUUUGUGCCAAAUAUUAAUAGAGAAAUGAACUCGUGUAAAGAUGCAUCCAGUUCUGUGAACUGCUUUGGUGGGCUUGAAGUGCACUAUUCCAGCUCUGUGGUUUGGUUUGUCUCCUACAGAUGCUGUGUUUUGAAAUCUGUAAAGUAUCUGCCCUUGGUUUCAGUUUGGGCAAGCUUUUCCUCCUGUGUUGUGCCACGUUCUCUGUCCUCAGAGCCGAAUGUCUUGGCGCUGCAGAUCAGCACAAAAUGUUGGAGUUUCUCAAGGGUGUGGGCUUCUUYGAAUGGCCCCACUGUAAGUGUUAACACUAAGUGCCACUGCUUUAAYGUUGUAGGAGAACAUAAUACUUAAAAUGCAGUAUUCUUUUGAUGCAAAAACUGAUGCCUCUUGGAGUAUCAGCAUCAGCCUCUGAUACUGAGUGCCCUUGUUUUUUAACCAUCCAGAUACUGUUCUCAUCACUCUUGAAGGCUGUGAUCGGUGUGGAUCUGACCCAAAGUGUGUGAAUUUGCUGGAUAGCUUUUCCAAUGGUUUCAGCUUGGUCCCUGAAUUAAAAAGCCAUUUUUUAUGGUUUUGUAAUGGAUAGGCUGCUAUGUCUGCUGUGUGUAGAUGGUCUUCAGUAGCUUAUUUUCYUCAAAGCAGCUCAAGGGAAAUCAAACUUCCUGGAGGAUAGCUGUGCAUCUUCUAGAUAUGUCAGUGAGUGUGAACUGAGAAGAUCAGGUGAAUUCCUGCUGAUGCAAUAAGGGUUUUUUUUAGCCAAGCUCUUUAUUAACAUGCCUGACAUCUCAGGUGGUUGACCUCACUCUUCUUAUGGCAAUGGUGCAGUGCACUUGACCUGGAAACUAGGUAGCUGUAAUUAAUAUUUUUUUUUGCUUAGGUUGUCUUUGAACCAAGCUGUGUUUUGGUGGGGUUGCCUAUUGCCACAUGAGCCCUUAUAUGAUCAUGAUGAGCACACUGGUAUAGGCCUGAGAGUGGGAAAUAAGUGGAAAUUUGAAGCUGCUGAAUCAGUUGAAGUGUUACUGUCACCACAUGUGAAAUUAUUUCURAGUGUUCCAUUCUGUCUGUGGUGUUCUUGCCUGUUUUGAUUUAUCUCCUACGUUGUGGCGCUGUACUCCUACAAUGACUGGCUUUGUGGCUGUUCAUCGCCAGCCACUGACAUGAAUGUAAUGAUCACAAAUGAUUCACCCUGUCAGCAGAUGUGAACGCAUCUGUCUUGAGCUGAUGCCCCUAUGGAGUGGGCAGAGAUGUCGAUUCUCUUCUCCCUGUGGUUACAGGCUCAAUAAAAGCAGUAGGAUCAGAAUUGGUAUAGGAAGGGAUAUGUUCAUCUUAUCCAAUAGAGCUAUUUUUAAGCAAGCUUCAGUGUAGCUGUAAUUAUUUUUACCUCCUAAGAAGGAAUGAGAUCUCUUGCAGUAUCCAGGCAAGCCGGGGCAAAGACUAGGGAUGAGGGACGCACCAUGAAGACGCAAGGGCUACUGACUUGAAAAUAACCCUGAGUUGCUCUAUGGAGAAUACUUAAGAUUGCCUUUUUAUGACAUUGAGAAGCAAAAUUUGUUCUGGUGGACCAAACUAAGCACAGCAGACAACUCCAUUUGAGACAUUUCACUCUUUUUGAUAUGAUAUAUACUUCAUAUGUUCCCUGUUCAGGAGGCUGCAGUUUUGUCUCAGUCAUCUUGAUGUCUUUUUAUCUCUGUGCUGUUGAGAUUUUCCACAGGUAGAAAUUUAUCUGGAGGCAGUAGGUUUUUCCUGAACUUAGUUGCUGAAUAUUUCCUAACCUUUAAGGAAAAGGAGUAACUAUGCAAAUAAUAUAAUGCCAAGAAACUGCACCUUUUAAAGCAGGGAGUUGCUGCUUGUGAAUCUGUCAGUGAUGCAUCUUGGAAUUACAUCGUUGCUAACCUGUUUUUUCUAUCCACAAGUUGAAGGAGCAUUUGUGCCACUCUUGUACUGGGACUUAAAUAUCUCAAACUACUGUUACAUGUAUAUAUAUCUGUCCAAACCCUAUCUGACCCUCAAGUGGGUAUUGUAAUGUAGUUCAGUGUCAAAUGUGUAAUGCUCUAACUCCCUCCGUGCAGACAAUUUUUUUCCAGAAUACUAAUCUUCUUCCCAAUUCUUUUUUCUCCUCUAGAAAAGUCUCUUAAAUGCAGAUAUUUUUACUUAUUCUUUUCCAAGAAUGUUCAGGUUUGUUUAUUGUUCUUUGACACAAUGGACUGCUGGUCUGAACAGUUUUUGGUUUAUUUGCACUGGCAACUUAAAUACAUAAUGUGGCGUUUUGGUUCUGACCCUCCAAAAUAGCAACGUUUAGAAAGAGGCUUGAAUAAGCCCUUAGCUCUGAACUAAAUAACAUAACUCCAAAACAAGGGAUUGAUAUGUA